AUGCUUUCUGGGCUGGGGGACUAUGGCAGCGGUAGUGAAAGCGAAGAUGAACGUGCACCACUUCCCGCACCUGUGAAGCCAAAGACCGCCGCAAAACCUGCGGCAAAAUCCUCAUCUCUGGCAUUACCUCCUCCAUCGGCAGACAAGGUAUCUGCGCCCAAAGCGAGGAAACCGAAGAAGAUUGCAAUUGGCCUACCUUCACUGCCUAGUCUGCCGCAAGACGACGACAGCGAUGACCUGAAAGAUGAUAGGCCUCCAGCCAAGAAGCCUCGGCUGGGAUCUGGAGCUGGAGCGUCUUCGCUACUGUCGAUGCUGCCGACACCAAAGCGCAAAGUUCCCGUAGCUACUGUACCGGAAAGGGUACUUGGAGGGGGGAGAGGCCCAGGUCUGGUCUUCAACACUGCAUCGACACCCGCUCUGGUUCCUACGUCUAAAGAGCCUGAAGACGAAGAACAAGACAACGCGCCCGGGCCCGAGGCGACGCCCUCGAAGGAUGCUACUCCAUCAACGCCCGUCUCGUUUAUGCCCGUGUCUAUUUCGAAACGAAGACCAAAUAUCUCGGUGGAGGAAGAAGGGAGACGACCCAUCGCCCCGCCGAGACCGAAUGCUGCACCAGCUAUGGAUUUCUUUGGUUUAGGUGCCACCUCUUCUUCAUCAUCGGCGAAGGUAACUGCAGCUGCUGCCAGUUCAUCGUCUCACGUCUCGAUCACCUCUGCACCUGAAGUCAUAGAAUUCAAACCACCUACUCCUACGCCUCAAGAUCCAUAUCCUGGGUACUACCUUCUCCCAUCAGGAGCGUGGGCUGCUUAUGAUCCCGAAUACUACAAUGUUUACCUCAAGAAAUGGAAGAAAGAGUACGACGACCAGGUUCGGGCUCUCGAAAAGGGCGCCAUCAAGGGAUUCGAGGGGUCCGAAGAGAGCGCGGAAGAGGUGAACAUGGUGACGGAGAUGGAGAAAGCGAGAAGGGAAAUACAAGAGAGAGAAUCACGCAAGGCUGUUACCACAGAUGCCACAGGCGAACCAGCGAAACCCAGGAUGAAUAUCGAUCCUGCCAAGCAGAGCGGUCGCGCGAAAUCUCGUCACCAAUUGUCCUCGCUACUUACAGAUGCCUAUCAAAACCGCGCAGCCCUCGAGGAAAAGAUUGCGGAAGGAAGACGGAAUCGCAAAGAAGCUGGUAACAAAUACGGCUUCUGA